AUGAAGUUUGGACGGAGUCUUCCACAAAGGCAGGUCCCAGAGUGGGCCGCCAACUAUAUCAACUACAAAGCCCUGAAGAAGCUCAUUAAGAAUGCGCAAUUGGCAGGGAAGACUGAAGAGCAGAGACCCGACUUAGCUGGUUUCUUCUAUACCCUGGAUCGCAACCUCGAAGAUGUCGAUUCCUUCUACAACAAGAAGUACCAAGACUUUGCGAGGCGUUUGAAGAUCUUGGAAGAUCGAUAUGGAGCUACACAAGAAAGCGUCCAAGGUCUCGAAAAGGAGGAACGCGAGGAUCUAUUUGCUGGCCUUCGCGAGCUGAGAGGGCAGUUCAGAAAGCUACAGGGUUAUGGCGAAAUCAAUCGCAAAGGCUUUGUCAAAAUCACAAAGAAGCUGGACAAGAAGAUUGAAGGAUCACACGCACAACAGAAAUAUCUGCACCUCAAGGUCGACCCCUGCCCCUUUGCGACGAAUGCAGGGCUCCACAAGUCUGUUGCAAUGAUCAAUGACUGGUUGCAUCUACUCGGCGAGGCCGCGAGCGACGAAGAGGCCGGAAAGAAGACUAUAAUACCCCCCAAACUACACAAGUCGGCUUCUCGUGAGGCUCUAAGAAUACCAGAUGACAGCUGGGUGCGCCUAGAGAGAUCCAUACGCGAGGAUGAUGCUCAAGUGACCGAAGACAUCCUCACCACAACGAGGGCUCAGCGGCAGGACGUGUCAGAACUUCAAUUUCAGCAAUUCCUCAAAGGUCUUUUACAGCGAGCAAUCACCUCAAGAAGUCGACGAUGUCUACCCUACCUGCUUUCGCAAAUUGUGUUUCUAGACGAUGCAGAAGAUAUCAAUAAGAGAAAUAGUAUACAUCGACUGGUCAUAUCCAUUGGCAGAGCUUACUCGAACAGCGACAGGACCUCAAGCGAUGUGGUCACUAGUCCAGAGACGGAAUUGUAUAGCUAUAUCACACCCGCCGAACCUCCUUCGAAGACCUUCAAGACAGCAGUACAAAAGGACGACGAGAGAUCGAGCUGUCUGACGGAUGCGGAUGAGCCAAUAACUUAUCUCAACUUUUUGUUGGAUAGUCUGAGCCAAGACCAGCGAUUAGGACUUGGAUCUAAAGACGCUGGUGGCAGGAUGCCAUUGCAUUUCGCUGCGGAGUACGGUAUUCCGGCAAUGGUUCGAACCAUCGUUGACCAUCUUCAAACCUGGGGCAUGCUCAACAUCAAGGAUGGUAUUGAUGGACCCUUUUGGCAGGAUAACGACGGUUGGGCUCCGUUACACCUCGCUGUCAUUGGAGGACAUCCCCUCACAACCCAAGUUCUGCUAGAUACUGAAGCUCUAUACACGCCACCAUCCGGCACACAGCAAGCCAGACGCCGUUCGCCCAAAUCUUCUGCGGCAUUGGCCAUUGCCACAAAGUCUAAUUUCAUAGAAGUGGUGCGGACACUCGUCCAAGCAGGAGUUGACAUUAACUGCCAAGACGAGCAGGACGAGACAGCAUUACAUGUGGCUGCGAGAUUCGGCCAUACAGAAUGCGCUCGGAUCUUGCUAACUGAUUCCAAUGGUCAAAAGUGCGAUACCGAGAUUCGCGAGUCAACUUAUGGUUGGACACCUCUGCUGAUUGCUAGUGUUGAUGGUCACCUACCUAUUGUUGAGCUCCUGGCAGAAGCUGGAGCAGACUUGGAGAAGGUUGACUGGUCGGGCUGGUCAGCGAAAGAGCAUGCCGCUCUUCGUGGACAUAUGGAGCUCGCCACCCGGCUGGCAGAUCUGUGUCCAACACCUGCAGCAGGCCUCGACGUCAGUAGUCCAGAGUCAACUUCACCUCCUAAGACUUCGGCUCUUACCGACCGAACGUCGAACGGCGUCAACCAUAACGUCAGCAAGGUUGGCGAGACCAUUAAGGAGUUUGGUCACAGAUAUCUCACAGACAAGUCCAUGGUUUUGGUGUCUCUGGGUACAAUGGACAUGCACAGUAAGCGGCAGGCAGUCAAUCUCGACCAUGUUCCACUGACGAAUGCCUCGUCUACCCAGCUGGACACCGCUCUAUCCAUCAUUGUCUCUGCAAAAGGUGCAGAAGGUGAACCUGAUAUCAUUGACCUGCCUGUCAGAGAGAAUAUCACCACGGAACCUAUCGUCUUCCAUACUUUGGAUCCAUCGAAAGUCAAGAUCCUCUUUGACUUGAUCCCUACAUACGCUGGCGACGAACGGAUCGUUGGAAGAGGUGUAGCUCUCCUUUCCAGUAUCAAGUCCAACCUGGGAAACAGACGGAUGCCAUUGCAAGGCGACAUCAGUGUACCGAUUAUCGCAGCUGGCGAUCUGGAGGUCAUUGGCUCUGUCACAUUCAAUUUCCUCGUCAUCACACCCUUUCAGCACCCCAAAAUGUCUAUCUCGAAAGAGCAGACUUACUGGAAGAAGGUGGCCCAGACGAUGGUCAUUGGUCAUCGUGGUCUAGGAAAGAAUUUUGCAAGUGGUCGUAGGUCUCUACAACUUGGAGAGAACACAAUCCAGUCAUUCAUUGCCGCUGCCAAUCUUGGUGCUUCUUACGUCGAGUUUGAUGUGCAGCUGACCAAGGAUCACGUUCCAGUCAUCUAUCACGACUUUUUGGUGUCCGAAACAGGCAUCGAUGCACCUGUGCAUACCCUGACAUUAGAACAGUUUCUUCACGUCAACGAUUCUCGAACGCCUCGUCACUCUCGGCCGCCUUCACCUGCGCCCUUUGAGAACCCGUCUGUUCGAAACCUCAAAAACGGCGAUCGAACUCCUCGUGGACGGUCCAUGUCAGUGGGUGGUGGUCAACCAGACAACUUUGACAUGGAAGAGCGCAUGAAACACACUCGCGACUUUAAAAAGAAAGGCUUCAAGGGCAACAGCAGAGGUAACCAUAUACAGGCACCUUUUGCUACGCUGGAGGAGCUUUUCGAGAAGUUGCCUGUCCAUGUCGGCUUCAAUAUCGAGAUGAAGUAUCCCAUGCUCAGUGAAAGUCAGGACGAAGACAUGGACUGGUACGCCGUAGAGCUCAACAGCUUUGUCGACACAGUGCUCACCAAAGUUUACGACCUAGGUGAAGGUCGCAACGUUAUGUUCUCGUCCUUCAACCCAGAUAUCUGUCUGCUGUUAGCUUUCAAACAGCCCAGCAUCCCGGUCCUCUUCCUCACGGAUGCAGGAUCCUCUCCAGUCGCAGACAUUCGAGCCAGUAGUCUACAGGAAGCAAUUCGUUUUGCAGCUCGGUGGAACUUGCUCGGCAUCGUCGCCGCCUGUCAACCUUUUGUGAUCGCACCAAGACUAGUAAAAGUUGUUAAGGAAUCCGGCCUAGUUUGUGUCAGCUACGGUACGCUCAACAACCAGACUGACAAAGUCGACCUCCAAGUGCAGCAGGGCAUAGACGCCGUAAUCGUCGAUAGCGUGCUGAAGAUUCGAAGAGGGCUUAGAGAAGAGCCUGGGCGGUCUGACAAACCCAGCCAACAGGACGGACUUGUGGAGAAGGUCGUCACAAACGUGUUGCCUCAGAUACCGCAACAGGAAAACCUCGCACUCAAAGCAGAAAGCAUCGCCAGCAGUGCGACAAACAUAUCGCUCACAGGUAGUAGCGAGGAUGGAACGACCAGCAGUGAGCCCGCAAUGAACGAGUCACCAGGUACAAGUGCUGCUGAUAUUGAUCUGUUAGCUAAGGAUCUGGCGACCGCAAAGAUCAGACCUGGAGUUGUAUAG